CGGCCGGGGCGGGCUGGGCUGCGCCUGUCAGCGGGGCGGCGGGAUGGCGGCGCUCUACGCCUGCACCAAGUGCCACCAGCGCUUCCCCUUCGAGGCGCUCAGCCAGGGCCAGCAGCUCUGCAAGGAGUGCAGAAUUGCGCAUCCCAUUGUUAAAUGCACUUACUGCAGGACUGAAUUCCAGCAGGAAAGCAAAACCAACACAAUAUGCAAGAAGUGUGCUCAGAACGUGAAGCUCUACGGAACACCAAAACCCUGCCAGUACUGCAACAUUAUAGCAGCAUUUAUUGGAAACAAGUGCCAGCGUUGCACAAACUCUGAAAAGAAGUAUGGACCUCCGCACUCCUGCGAGCAGUGCAAGCAGCAGUGUGCGUUUGACCGGAAGGAUGAUAGAAAGAAGGUGGAUGGAAAGCUGCUAUGCUGGUUAUGCACACUAUCCUAUAAACGGGUCCUACAGAAGACCAAAGAGCAGUGCAAACACCUGAGCAGUUCUUCCCGGGCCAGCCUGCAAGAAAAGGAACAGUACAGUAGGCUCAGCAGUGGCAGCCACUAUAACAGCCAGAAAACCUUAUCCACCUCUUCUAUUCAGAAUGAAAUCCCAAAGAAGAAAGCCAAGUUUGAUGCCAUAUCUGCCAAUGGUGACAGCGUUCCUUCCUCUCCCGAGAUGCUUUGUCCCCCUAUCCAGAGUGCCCCGUCCACGUUGGCGCAGUGGGCUGCUUCCCAACAGAGUCUCGGUGCCCACCAUUGUCCUGUUUCUCAAGGCACUGACAUCCUGAAUUUUUCUCCGGACCUCGCCCUGGACUCUCCUGGCACUGACCAUUUUGUUAUCAUUGCCCAGCUGAAGGAGGAAGUGGCUACUUUAAAAAAGAUGCUGCACCAGAAAGAUCAGAUGAUUUUGGAGAAGGAGAAGAAGAUCACAGAGCUGAAAGCCGACCUGCAGUACCAGGAGUCACAGAUGAGGGCAAAGAUGAACCAAAUGGAGAAGACACACAAGGAGGUCAUGGAGCAGUUACAGGCCAAGAACAGAGAACUCCUGAAGCAAGCAGCUGCCCUAUCGAAGGGCAAAAAGCCUGAGAAGUCGGGAGCAAUAACCUCCCCUUAAAACCAAACCCCCAAUCUGGGAGCUUUCCCCAGCAUUAGCCAAGGAGUCUAGGAGGCCUGCCUGAUCGCUGGAAGCCAAAACCUCAGUGUUGUCACUAUCCCACUGCUGUGGACUCGAUGGAAACGCCUGGUGUGUGUUGCCUUUCGACAGCAUGCUUGAGCGUGUCUGGUUUCGAUCUCUGUUGAAUACCGGUCUGUAUCACGGUGAUCCAUGGGGAGAGGUCCCAGCCAUCCUAAAUCCCUCCCCGAAGUACUGCUUUCUGGAAGAAUUUUUUUCCUAACCAGUUACUACCACUGCCAACCCUUUCUAUUAGCAAACAGGAACCUGCUGCAUUAGAGACUUCUUGCUGGUUCCCAACCUGCUGCUGUGAGGCAAUAGCCGUGGCCAGUUGUUGUGCAGAUAAGACGAGAGCUGCGUGUGGUGGGAGCUUGAUUUUUCUUGAACUGUUCCCUCUUCAAAAGGAAGCCGAUAAAUCACCAGCCCAACAGAUGUUACUGGAAGGUUGUGCCACUGCUGAGAACGGUUGAUCCAGCUUUUUGAAGAUGCUUCCAAAAUGGGGGCUAUGUAUUUAUCUUGGAGGUUUUUUUGGUUUGGUUUGGUUUUUUUCUUCUUUUCUAUGUCAACUUGGCAAACCGAACUGCCUAGUUUUGUGUUUUCUUGUUUUGUUAUGAUAGCUUUUGGGUUGGGAGCCAGAGUGUAACGAUACAGACCCAAACCCACCCCAUAGCCCCCCUGGUGCCCUGGUUACUUGGUGACCUUUGGGGCUUUGAUGACUUUUGCAGCUUGGUGUGAUCAAGCGUUUCUUACUCCAUUUCUUUACACGAGGAGAGUUCAAGGCUUGGAUGUUCCCUCUGCUCCCCUCAGUCCCUGGAUCGAGCUCGCCCUCUUCUCCCCCUUUCCCUGCCCCAUAGCUCCCUUCCAGAUGCAGAAGUAGGGGCUGGGUUGGCUCCAGGAAAGCGCUUACUCAGGCAGCGACCCAAGCCAGGGAUUGUUUCUUGGGGCUCUCCAGGGACAUUUCUCACUGCUGAUUAAAAGCCAGCAGAAUAAAAAGGGCUAUGAAAGUUCCCUGUAACAGGGAUGUGCUGCUCAGAAACAGCACAGAGACCACAGACCCUUCCAGCGAGGCCAGCUGGGCUGGGUGCUCCCCAGGCUCUGUCUUUUGGGGCAGGGAGUGGGGGGGAAUAAAAAGCACUUGGCCACUGUGGGGGGGGCGUAAAGCACCGCACAGCUCUCGGCUGGCAGGAGCGCUCCUCAGCAUCCCAGCACCAAGCUCCGUUCAGGGUGUAAAGAAACAUCUCAGGGUUUGGAGACCCUCGGGGCGGAGGAGUAGGGGAUGAAGCCUCUGAAGGUAGGUAGUGAAGAGGAGAAACUGCCCUUUUGAGGCAGAGCCAGCUGCUCUGUCAGGGUUUUUAUUAAGAUUUUAACUAGAGAUUGUGAUUUUUAUUUUUUUUUCAUCCUUUUUUUUUGUUACUAAAGACGACUUUACUCAAAGGCACUUUUUUUGAUGAUGUUGGCUUCCGGCAUGGAAGGAGCACGCUGCAGCAUCAGACACUCUGCCAUGUGGUUUUUUGUUCUUUUUUUUUUUUUUUUUAAGAGAUUUCUGAUGUGAAAACAAGAAAAAAAAGAAAAAAAAAAGUUGUUACACUUUGCUGAAGUGUGACAGCAGGAAAAUACCUAAUUUUAUACUUCACACGUUUUUAGAAAAUGAGGUGCAUUGGUGGGAUUUUUUUUUAAAUGGGGGCUUUGCUUUUUCGCUUCCCUCAAGAUACAGAAAUAAAUAGAGGGAGAAAGGCCCUGUAUAUACUAUUAUGGGUUUUUUUUAAUUGUGAUAAAUUGAUCAUGCAGUUGAGUAGCUGAUGAUUUGUAGUAAUAACAUUGUUUCUUUGUAUGUUUGUAAUAAUGGAGAUUUUAAAAGGGAUGCUUUGAUUUGUACAAAACUCUGACAACUGUAAAAGUGUUUUAAAAGAUCCUCA